GACGUUUCAGAACUUCGUCAACAAGACGUGGCUCACUUAGGGGAUGAUCAACUUCUGCGUCAUCGUGUACAUGGAUGACAUCCUCGUCUACUCGGAGACCUAUCACGGACAUGCACAACACAUCGAAUGGACAUUGGGAACUCUAAGAGAUGUUGAGUUCAAGAUCGCGCUCGAGAAGAGCGAGUUUUUUCUCUCGGAAAUCUCAUUGUUGGGUUACGUCGUGACACGUGGGGGACUGCAACCAGAUUCAAGGAAGGUCUCGACGGUGAAAGAUGCUCCUGUCCCCACGUCAGUGAAGCAGGUUCGAGCUUUUCUGGGACUGGCAUCGCACUACCGACGUUUUAUCAAAGGCUUCGCUGCGAUUGCGCGACAGCUGACGAACCUGCUACGAAAGGACCAGCCCCUUAGUUGGGAUGCAGAGUGCGAAUGGGCCUUCGCCAUCCUCAAAGGCGCUUUGGCAACGACACCUAUUUUGAUCCGGCCGGACCCCACGAAGCAGUUCAUUCUCAUAACGGACUGGCAGCCAGAGGCGAUUUCCGCUAUUCUAGCGCAGAAGGGGAACGACGGUCGAGAGCGAGUCAUCGAGUACACGUCUCGUACGGUGUCAGACGAACGAAGGAACGAUUCAACCCCGCAAGGUGAAUGCUAUGCUGUAGUCUGGGGAAUCCAGCACUUCCAUCCAUACUUGUACGGGCAAAAGUUCCUCCUUGUAACCGAUCACGAGCCAUUAUUGGCUCUCAAGAAGCUCACCAAUUACAUGGGCAUGAUUGGACGGUGGGCGGUGCAUCUACAUGAGUACGACUUCGACAUCAUCCACCGAAAGACAGAGAGGCACGGUAACGCGGACGGGUUGACACGUCUGCAUCGCCCCGCUAAGGUACCAAAGGGCGAAGAGAUCAUUCCGUGGAAGGAACCAGAGUCAACCAACGGACCCAAGUACGGACAGAUGGCAUUCUUUCCACGUGGCAAGAAGGAGGUGAUUGGCAAUGGGUGACGGAGGUAAUCCUACAAGUUGAACUCCUCUCUCUCCCCUCUCCUCUUCAUCUUUUCUCUCCCUGCCCGAUAAAUUUUGUUAUUUUUG